UCCACAGUGGCAACAAUGAGGGGGAGUUCAGUGGGGUUGUGUUUUCUUGCUUUGACUAUAGCCCAUGUCACUGAGAUCCAAGCCAGAUGGGUCCGCAACCAUGUGAGCAGCAUCUGUAGCACAUGGGGCAGGGAGCACUUCAAGACAUUCGAUGGUGAUGUGUACCAGUUUCCUGGCAUGUGUGAAUAUAACCUGGUCUCUGACUGCCACGACACCUUCCCAGAGUUCUCUGUGCACAUGAAGAGGAAGGAAAACGAUGGAAACCCGACAGUCAGUUAUGUGGUGGUCACCAUCAGCGAUUUUGUAUUUCACCUUAGCAAGGAUGUGGUCACUGUGAACGACCUGCCUGUCAAACUUCCACACUACCAGGCCGGAGUACAAAUGGAAAGAAAUGCAGUCUACAUCAAGCUCCAGUCCAAAGUUGGCAUCAUUGUCAUGUGGAACCUUGAUGAUGCAGUCAUGGUGGAAAUUGAUAAUGAUUACACUAACCGCACUUGUGGACUUUGUGGAGAUUUUAACAGUGUUCCAGUCUACAAUGAGUUCCUCCUUGAUGGUCGCAAAAUCAGUCCCAUUGAGUUUGGCAACAUACAUAAAGUCCAUCGUCCAAAUGAUGAUUGUGAGGACCCAUAUGAAGAGGAAGAUGUGUCACAGGAAGCUAUGAAUGUGCCAGAGUCAUGCAAAGAGUUUCAAAACACCUGUGAAGAGAUGCUGCAUGCAGAAACCUGGAGCUCCUGCGCCAAACUGAUUGACCCUGAGCCUUACAUUCAGGCCUGUGUGCAGGACAUGUGUGGCUGUACCAACCAUUCAGAUGACUUUUGUGUCUGCAGCACACUCUCUGAGUUCUCUCGACAGUGUUCCCAUGCAGGAGGGGAGCCUCCCAACUGGAGGACUUCUGAGUUCUGUGCCAAACAGUGUCCAUUCAACAUGGUUUAUGAAGAGAGUGGAUCCCCUUGUGUGGAUACCUGCACGCAUCAAGACACAAGCUCAUUCUGUGAGGACCACAAAAUGGACGGCUGCUUCUGUCCUCCUGGAACCGUGUUCGAUGACAUUUCCAUGAGGGGGUGUAUUGCUCAGUCUGAAUGCCAGUGCAAGCAUGGAAAAAUCUAUGAAUCUGGUGAAGUUUACAGACAGGAGCGAGAGGAAUGCACAUGUUUUGAGGGUAGAUGGACUUGUGAAAGUCUUUCAACACCUUCUACGUGUGCGGUUGAAGAAGGUUCACAUGUAACCACCUUUGAUGGGAAAGACUUCACCUUCCAUGGAGACUGUUACUACACCCUGGCCAAGGUGGAAAGAAAGGAUGAUGCAAGUCCUAAGUUUACCAUUCUGGUCAAACUGGUACCAUGUGCACACCAAGAGUAUGACACCUGUCUGAAGACCCUCAAAAUCCUGCUGAACAAUGACAGAAACAAUGUGUUAACAUUCACUGCUGAUGGCACAGUAAAGCAGAAUAUGCAGAUUAUCAGUUUGCCGUACUUCUCAGGGGAUAUCAGUAUAUUCCAUGCUUCAUCCUUUCACAUCAUCCUCCAGACCAGUUUUGGUUUGCAAAUUCAGAUCCAACAUGUGCCCCUCAUGCAAGUUUAUGUCAGCCUGGAGCAGAGCUACAGAGAAAAGACACGUGGUUUAUGUGGGAACUACAACAUGGUCCUGUCUGAUGACAUGAACACUCGUCAGGGAAUUGUGGAGGGAAGUGCAGCAGCUUUUAGUAACUCCUGGAAGGCUAGCCAUGUAUGCCAAGACAGAGAAGACAGACUUGAUGACCCUUGUUCUCUCAGUAUGGAAAAUGAAAUGUAUGCCAAACAUUGGUGCACCUUGCUACGACAGCCAAAUAGUACCUUUGCAGAGUGCCAUUCUGUGGUGGAUCCUGAGAUUUACUACCAGCGAUGUACUUAUGCUAGCUGUAACUGUGAGAAGAGCGAGGACUGCCUGUGUGCUGUUUUCUCCUCCUAUGCCAGAGCUUGUGCAUCAAAGGGAGUGUUCUUGACAGACUGGAGAGAGAAUGUGUGCGACAAAUACACCAAGAACUGCCCAGAAUCUCAGACCUUCUCUUACAAAAAUCAGAGAUGCCAGCUGACUUGCAGAUCAUUGAGCUUAAAGCAGCAGAGCUGCACCUCUGAUUUCUUGCCUGUGGAUGGCUGUUCCUGCGCUGAGGGUCACUACCUAGAUGACAACGGCAUCUGUGUCCCAGUAACAAAGUGUCCCUGUUACCAUAAUGAAGUUUACGUUAAGUCAGGCAAGUCCAUCAGUAUCAACAACGAGCGCUGUGUAUGCACUAACGGAGUUCUUCAUUGCCAUUCUGGGAGAAAUCGCAUGUCAAUUUCUACAGCUUGCCCUUUUCCUAAAGAAUACUUCAACUGCUCCACUGCAAGCGCAGGAGUUGUUGGAGUGCAGUGUGCUCGAACUUGUUUAAAUCUGGACAAUGAUGAUUGUGAUGCCACAGAGUGUGAAUCUGGUUGUCGGUGUCCCAGUGGCCUCCUUGAUGAUGGUAAAGGUUUCUGUGUGAAAGAAAGUGACUGUCCAUGCAAGCAUGAUGGCCAUCUCUAUGUCUCCGGAACACAAAUACCAAACCAGUGCAACACCUGUACCUGCCAAAGUGGAAAAUGGAGAUGCACAAAGAAAAAAUGUCCAGGAACUUGCAUUAUUUAUGGAAGUGGUCACUACACCACAUUUGAUCAGAAAACAUAUGCAUUUCAAGGACAGUGUGGCUAUAUUGCUGUAAAGAACAACUGUGGCAAUAAAACAGUGCACAACAACUUUGGAGUCAUCACUGAAAAUGUACCUUGUGGCUCUACGGGCACCACCUGCUCUAAAAAAGUCAGAAUUCAACUCGGGAGAAUGGAAAUCAAACUAUCAAAGGAAAAAGUUGAAGAGGAUGAGCUGGGACAUGGGCCUCAUAUCCAGUACAGAAUAAGGAAGGUUGGCUUGUAUGUGGUUGUAGAAUCUGUCAUCGGUGUGGCAGUGAUGUGGGAUCGCAAAACAGCUGUUCGGAUCCUGCUGGAACCAGUGCACAGUGGAGAGGUGUGUGGCCUUUGUGGAAAUUUUGAUGGCGAUGGACAGAAUGACUACACCACCCAGGGUCAGCUGGUGGUGAGCAAUCCACUUGAAUUUGCAAACAGCUGGAAAGUGUCUAGCUCUUGUCCAGAUGUGGAGGCGAGCAUUGAUCCUUGCGCAGUAACACCCGGUCGACAUCAGUGGGCAAAAAUGAUGUGUAGCAUCAUAAUUGGAAAAACAUUUAAAGAAUGCCACAAAAAGGUUAGCCCUGGUCCAUUUUAUGAAAACUGUGUGAAAGACUCGUGUGCCUGCGACACUGGAGGAGACUGUGAAUGUUUCUGCACAGCAGUUGCAGCUUAUGCUCAGGCUUGCAAUGAGCAUGAUGUUUGCGUUGCAUGGAGAACUCCAGAGAUCUGUCCUGUCUAUUGUGAUUACUACAACGGCCCAAAGGAAUGCAGGUGGCACUACAACCCUUGCCACACCCCGUGCUACAAAACCUGUUUGAAUCCAGAAGGCGUAUGUUUGAAUCCGAUACCCACCCUGGAAGGCUGUUACCCUGCAUGCCCAGAAGAUAAGCCCAUAUUUGAUGAGAAAAACCAAACCUGUGUGGAUAUAUGUCCAGGGUCAACUACAACUACUCCUCCCACCACCACAACUACAACAACAACAUCUCCAACUACAACUACCGUGCCCACUACCACCACAUCUCCAACAACAACUACCAUACACACUACCACCACAUCCCCAACUACAACUCCUGUGCACACUACCACCACAUCUCCAACAACAACUACCAUACACACUACCACCACAUCCCCAACUACAACUCCUGUGCACACUACCACCACAUCUCCAACAACAACUACCAUGCCCACUACCACCACAUCUCCAACUACAACUACCGUGCCCACUACCACCACAUCUCCAACUACAACUACCGUGCCCACUACCACCACAUCUCCAACUACAACUCCUGUGCACCAUACCACCACAUCUCCAACCACAACUACCUUGCCCACUACCACCACAUCUCCAACUACAACUACCAUGCCCACUACCACCACAUCUCCAACUACAACUACCGUGCCCACUACCACCACAUCUCCAACUACAACUCCUGUGCACCAUACCACCACAUCUCCAACCACAACUACCUUGCCCACUACCACCACAUCUCCAACUACAACAACCACUACAACAACUACCACCACAACUACAACUACAACUACCAUGCACACUACCACCACAUCUCCAACUACAACUACUGUGCCCACUACCACCACAUCUCCAACUACAACUCCUGUGCACACAACCACCACAUCUCCAACUACAACUCCUGUGCACACAACCACCACAUCUCCAACUACAACUCCUGUGCACACUACCACCACAUCUUCAACUACAACUACCUUACCCACUACCACCACAUCUCCAACUACAACUCCUGUGCACACUACCACCACAUCUCCAACUACAACUCCUGUGCACACUACCACCACAUCUCCAACAACAACUACCAUGCCCACUACCACCACAUCUCCAACUACAACUACCGUGCCCACUACCACCACAUCUCCAACUACAACUACCGUGCCCACUACCACCACAUCUCCAACUACAACUCCUGUGCACCAUACCACCACAUCUCCAACCACAACUACCUUGCCCACUACCACCACAUCUCCAACUACAACUACCAUGCCCACUACCACCACAUCUCCAACUACAACUACCGUGCCCACUACCACCACAUCUCCAACUACAACUCCUGUGCACCAUACCACCACAUCUCCAACCACAACUACCUUGCCCACUACCACCACAUCUCCAACUACAACAACCAUGCCAACUACCACCACAUCUCCAACUACAACUACUGUGCACACUACAACCACAUCUCCAACUACAACUUGCAUUCCAGCUCCUACAACAACUACCACCACAACUACAACUACAACUACCAUGCACACUACCACCACAUCUCCAACUACAACUACUGUGCCCACUACCACCACAUCUCCAACUACAACUCCUGUGCACACAACCACCACAUCUCCAACUACAACUCCUGUGCACACAACCACCACAUCUCCAACUACAACUCCUGUGCACACUACCACCACAUCUUCAACUACAACUACCUUACCCACUACCACCACAUCUCCAACUACAACUCCUGUGCACACUACCACCACAUCUCCAACUACAACUCCUGUGCACACUACCACCACAUCUCCAACUACAACUCCUGUGCACACUACUACCACAUCUCCAGCUACAACUACCUUACCCACUACUACCACAUCCCCAACUACAACUCCUGUGCACACUACCACCACAUCUCCAACUACAACUCCUGGGCACACUACCACCACAUCUCCAACUACAACUUCUGUGCACACUACCACCACAUCUCCAACUACAACUACUGUGCCCACCACCACAUCUCCAACUACAACUCCUGUGCACACUACCACCACAUCUCCAACUACAACUCCUGUGCACACUACCACCACAUCUUCAACUACAACUACUGUGGCCACUACCACCACAUCUCCAACAACAACUACUGUGCCCACCACCACAUCUCCAACUACAACUCCUGUGCACACAACCACCACAUCUCAAACUACAACUCCUGUGCACACUACCACCACAUCUCCAACUACAACUCCUGUGCACACAACCACCACAUCUCCAACUACAACUCCUGUCCACACAACCACCACAUCUCCAACUACAACUUCUGUGCACACUACCACCACAUCUCAAACUACAACUACCUUACCCACUACCACCACAUCCCCAACUACAACUCCUGUGCACACUACCACCACAUCUCCAACUACAACUCCUGUGCACACUACCACCACAUCUCCAACUACAACUACCGUGCAUACUACCACCACAUCUCCAACUACAACUCCUGUGCACACUACAACCACAUCUCCAUCGACAACUCCUGUGCACACUACCACCACAUCUCCAACUACAACUCCUAGGCACACUACCACCACAUCUCCAACUACAACUUCUGUGCACACUACCACCACAUCUCCAACUACAACUCCUGUGCACACUACAACCACAUCUCCAUCGACAACUCCUGUGCACACUACCACCACAUCUCCUACUACAACUCCUCCUCCUCCACCUGACUGCCCUGAUUGGGGUGUCUCACAAAAUGAGACCUUCUAUUUGUGCAACUGUACCAUGGCCAGAUGCAUAGAGAACAACACAAUAGAAAUUAUUCCAUAUGAAUGUCCACCGCUUCAAAACAUAACUUGCACCAAUGGAAAGAAACCAGUUCUGGUGUAUGACGAGUACUACUGCUGUCAAUAUUAUACUUGUGACUGUGUAUGUGAAGGGUGGGGAGAUCCACAUUACAUCACGUUUGAUGGACUUUACUACAGUUAUCAAGGAAACUGUACUUAUGUUUUGAUGAAAGAGAUUUUACCGAUACAUAAUUUGGAGAUUUAUAUUGAGAAUGUCUUUUGUGAUCCAACUGAAGAUGUUUCUUGUCCACGAUCGAUAAUAGUAUCAUAUGUAUCACAAGUCAUCACACUCAUUAAUCAUAAUCUUAUUGGAGCUGCACAGUUGGAGGUACUGAAAAAUGGAGAAAGUUUGAACCUACCUUAUUCUCAACAAGGUGUUAAGAUCAUGAAUUCCGGUCUUAACCUGAUUUUAGAGAUUCCUCGCCUAAAAGUGGUUAUUACAUUUGGAAUAACUGGCUUCAGUGUAACCCUUCCAUUCCAGUACUUUGGCAAAAACACACAGGGACAUUGUGGAACAUGCAACAAUAACCAGGCUGAUGAUUGCAUGUUACCUGGAGGUAAGCUGGUGGAAAGCUGUGCGGUGAUGGCUGACUAUUGGCCUGUUGAAGACCCUUACAAACCCAACUGCCCAACACCACCUGCACUACCCACCAGUGCACCUGAACCACCACCUACCUUAGCUCCAUGCAAACCAGACUCCAUGUGUGACCUACUUAAAACUACUCUCUUUGCAGAGUGCCAUCCAUUUGUCUCUCCAGAAAAUUUCUACAGAGGUUGUAUUUUUGAUAGCUGUCACGUUUCAAAUCCAACAGUGGAGUGUACAAGUUUACAGACUUAUGCUGCAGCCUGUGCUCAGGCUGGAGUUUGCAUUUACUGGAGGAACCACACCACACUGUGUGCUGGUGAAUGCCCAUUAGGCAAAGUUUACAAGCCUUGUGGUCCUGCAGAACAGCCAACCUGUGAAGACAAUCCAAGUGGACCAACUAUGAACUACACUACAGAGGGCUGCUUUUGUCCUGAUGGAAUGAAACUUUUCAACCAGGAGUCUGGAAUAUGUGUUGAAAAAUGUGGAUGUCUUGAUCCUGAGGGCAUUCCUCGUGAGUUCAAUGAAAGAUUUGAAUACAAAUGCCAGGACUGCAUCUGUGAAGAAUCCACCAAGACUGUGACUUGCAAGCCUAAAGUGUGCCCACCACCACCGGCCACUACAGACUGCUCUGCCCCUGGGUUUGUCCUUGUCAACCAGACCAGUCCAUCCGACCCCUGCUGUUUUACCUAUGCUUGCCAAUGUCAACCUAACACCUGCCCAGUCACCAAUAUGAACUGUCCCAUUGGAUAUAAGCCAGUUGUCAGUGUCCCUGAUGGAAAAUGCUGUGCAGAACAUACAUGUGAACCUAAAAGAGUUUGUGUUCACAGAGAAACUGAAUACCAGCCUGGUUCUUCAGUUCCUGUGAUUGCAUGUCAGGAUUGUACCUGUUCCAAUGAGAUUGACCCAAAAUCUGGUCUAUUAAAAAUAAUUUGUGUGUUUCAACAAUGUAAAGAAAGCUGUGAACUGGGAUAUGAAUAUGUGGAAAGUGAUUCAGAUGAAUGCUGCGGGAAGUGUGUACAGACACACUGUGUUGUCAACAUCAAUGGAACCACACAACGUUUUACUCAAGGAGAAACCUGGUCACCACCGGGGAAUAAAUGUGAACAUUACACCUGUGUCAAGAAUGGUGAGACUUUAACAGCAAGUCGUUCACAGACUGUCUGCCCACCCUUCCAAGAGAGCAACUGCCAACCUGACACAAUUCAAACUGCAGCAAACGGCUGUUGCAAAAUUUGUGUGGAGAAGGAGAAGGGAUGCAAGUUAAUGUCCAUGAAAACCCAUAUUACAGUCAACGGUUGUCAGUCUGCCCAGGAGGUAGAUAUGCCAUAUUGUGAAGGAUCCUGCAACACUUACACCAUGUACUCUGAAGCAGCAGCAGCUAUGGAGCAUUCCUGCUCAUGCUGUAAGGAGAUAAACUUCAGCAAUCGCACUGCUGACCUGGUCUGCUUGAAUGGAGACACGGUCCCCUACACAUACAUGUAUGUGGAGCAGUGUGGUUGUACCAAGACAGACUGCACCAGAGCUGCUGGACAUCAUGUUCGCAGGAAGAGAAGCUUCACACUGCUGUGAUGAAACAGUCCGUCUCCAUUUUCACAGAUGUGACAUACAAUUGUUUCUUCUCAUAUUGUCUUAAAAAUCAUUACAUAUCUUACAAAGUAAUUGCUCUUGUGGCUUGAGUAUUUAUCUACUGAUAAAAAUAAAAAAAUUGCAACUCAGUUAAUGUCUCAUUUCUUCCAUCUUUUUUUUUCUGUUAAAACAAACUCUAAACAUUUAAUUUGUUUUUACAUCACACAAAACCUAAAUAAAC